AAAUUAGUCUUAAUUAAUUGGUGCUACAGAAGAGAUACAAUAAAUUAGAACUAACAAAAAUACAUAUAUUUAAUACAAAAUAAAUAAAAAGAAUGUGAUGAUUAAAAUGAUAAAAACAAGUCAGAUUUAAAAAUUAAAUUCAUAAAUAAAAUAAUACUAAAAAAAAGUAAUAAUUAUUUCAUUAAAAAAAACCAGAAAGUUAAUUCAAUUAAUACAAUGAUCAAGCGAAAUAAUUUAUUUCUUUGCGUCUCUAUCGUGCUGAUGACAACAUUAAAUUUAUGUCUUUCGAAACCUACGACAUCUGCCGGUACAAUCGAUAAUAAUGACACUGAAACUAAUGGCAACUCACAGAUAUUUGUCAACGAGAUUAUUCACAUAUUGGGCGAUAAUGGCGAGGUCAACACAAUUUCUAGUAAAGACAGUGAUUAUCGCAGCCAUUAUGCAGCUCAAAUGUUGUCAUACAUGAAUCGUUCGGUUUAUCCCUGCGAAGAUUUCUAUGAAUAUGCCUGUGGCAAUUGGAAAAAUGUAAUAGAUGAGCGCCAGGCUACACACAAACGUAAUAAUAUUUUGGAUAUCGUAUAUAAAUUGGCCGAUAUUGUGGAUAAUCUUUUACAAAGACCCCAUAUAAAUGAUGUGGCGCCAGAAUAUGCGGCAGAAUUUGAGUUGGCUAAAAAGUUCUACAGCAACUGCCUGAAAGCUGAAUUACAUCCCAUGCGCGCCUCUUCAGAGUAUUUGGCGAUUUUAAAAGAAAUCGGUGGUUUUCCAGCUGUCAAUGCUGAAUGGAAUGCCGAAAAUUUCCAUUGGCUUAAUAUGAGUGGCCACUUGAGCAAUUACGGCAUUAAGAAUAUUGUAAAUGAAGCCAUUCUACCCGAAUAUCCUUUUCCACCAUAUUUCAAAAUGCCAGAAUUUGGUUUCGACAUCGAACUGCACUAUGAGACCAUAGAAAAUACUUCCUCGAAUGCCUAUAAGGAAAAUGAAAAACGUAUGCGCGACAUCUUGACCAUUUAUGGGGUGGAGGAAAAUCGUAUUGCUGGCAUAAUCACUGACACAUUUGAAUUUCUCAAAGAGAUUUUGAAAGUUAAACAACAGUUCAAUGAAGAUGACUUUGAAUGUAGUUUUCUCUCGAAUCUUAUGGAAGAAUCUGAAAUCUCUGCCCUAAAAAAUCAAUGGCGCUCGUAUAAUGAAAUAGCUUGGAUGGGUAAACGUUGGGAAAAUAUCAGCGACGAAUUAGAGGACUGCUGUACACCCUGCUUAUAUUUGUAUGACAAAAUUUCUACUAUUUGCGGAAAGCACAAAGAAGCGGCUGCAAAUUAUUUGUCACUUAAAUUCCUAUAUCAUAUGGAUUCUCGCAUUAAGGAUACAAAAUUUCAAAAAGAUUUCUGCACUUUAAGCCUUAAAUCAUCGAUGAAAUAUUUCUUUGAUCAUUUAUACAUGAAGCUGUACUUCAACGAUGAGUUACACGAAGAGGUAUCUGUCCUUAUCAAAGAAAUACGUCAAAGUUUACGUUUAAUUUUGCAAGAGGCAAAUUGGUUGGAUGAACCCACGCGUCAGGCGGCACUACUUAAGGAAUCUACAAUUGCCGAAUACAUAGGACGCUACGAAAACAUGAAUAUUACCAAACGUUUAAUAGAGGAAUUGAAACAAUUGAAAUUUGUAAAUGGCAGUUAUGAGGCGAACAAUUUAAAUUUGCGUAAAUUCAAACAAUACAUGACCCGCUUCAAUGGUCUCAACUUUGAAGAAUUGGAUAAUACUACAAAACCGCUGGAUCUAGUGGUUGGCAUGCAAGUGAACUCAUUUUAUUAUAAUCUUGACAAUUCGAUUUAUGUUAUGGCGGGCACUCUACUGCCACCAGUUUACAACAAGGCCUGGCCGAAUUCAUUGAAAUACGGCACAUUGGGCUAUUUGAUUGGUCAUGAAUUUACGCAUGGCUUCGAUACGGUGGGAGCGAAUUACGAUGAAGCUGGCCAAGCCAACUAUUGGUGGUCUAACAAAUCGGGCAAGGUCUUUAAGGAGCGCUCUAAAUGCUAUGCGGAUCAUUAUCAGCGUUAUUUGAUACCGGAAAUUAAUCGCAACAUUAAUGGCAAUCUAACGAAUGAUGAGAAUAUCGCCGAUGGCGGUGGUUUGCGUGAAGCUUUAAUGGCCUAUCGUCGCUACAUAAAAAAUGUCACCAAAGAACUAGACUCGAUUUCAGCAUUAUACAAGGAAGAACAAAUGCCCGGAUUAGAUUUGUCGCCUGAACAAUUAUUCUUUUUGGGCUUUGCCCAGCUGUGGUGUGCCUCGUAUAAGGAGGCCGACUACUGGGAUGAACUAACGGAUGAACAUACAAUCGAUAAGUAUCGUGUUCUUGGUGCUGUAUCGAAUAAUGUUGAUUUUGCAAAAGUCUACAAUUGUCCGGUGGGCAGUAAAAUGAAUCCGACGUCUGAUAAAUGUGAAGUAUGGUAGUCAUUUGAGGUUAUUAGCUUUAAGUAGAUUAGCUUAAUUUUUUGUUAUUGU